AUGAAGUUCCUCGCUACCGCCGUCGCCCUCGCCUCAAAUGCGGGUGCCGCAGCUAUCGGAAGAAAUCCGCCUACCUGCCCUUCGAAAUAUGUCUUGAAGACCGAGCCACUCCCUGGUUCAGCCAACCUGCUGCACAGUGGCCUGUACCUCUAUGCCUCUCACACGGGAGCGGGACUGUACGACCCUGUGUUCGACGUCAACAAGACCGUCGGAAGCGUAGGACAGCUUGAUAACGGCCACCAAGCCUUCGAUGUGGGCACCAACACGGCGGAGCUGUCCAUGAUGUACGCUCCAUAUGCGGCCUGGGCGGGCGUGGCGAUGAACCUUGGAGAUGGAGACAGUGGUUAUUACCUCAAUGAGAAUGGUCUGCAAUGGACGUCUUCCCCAGAAUCGCCCGGUGGCUCCACCGAUAGCUUCAAGGGAUGGCUCGUCUGUGACUGGUACCACGGUGCCCCUCAGCUCUUCUGGAGGAUCAGUGGCUACGAGCACACCACAAUCCCAAGCAGCUGUGCGCCCGUGUUGCUGAAGCCCGAGGCCAUCUAG